CCUCACUCCUCCCUCGCUGUCUGCCACCCCGUCGGACAGGAAAACAACAUGUUCUCUACCGCAGUCGUCGGCAUGCGUGUAGGGCUCAGGAGCGCAGCCGGCGUCUCCAGGAUGCAGAUCGCAACCCCGGCUAUGGCACGCUCGAGGCUUUCUGCGCUCGCUCGCCGCGCAUCUCCUAUGUUGACGAGGAGCGUCCAAGUACAGUCCAUGCCCCCAGCAGGGGAGAGCGUCAUCCUCAACACCCAGCGUCUGAAACGUCCCUCCAGCCCGCAUUUUACCAUCUACCAACCUCAGCUCACCUGGGUCGCCUCCAUCUUCCACCGCGUGACCGGUGUUGGUCUCUCCCUCGCCCUGUACGCGUUCGCUAUUGGAUACCUCGCUUCCCCCGUUAUUGGCAUCCCGCUCGACUCGGCCUCGGUGGUAGAGUUCGUCCACGGACUGCCGGAAUGGUUCAAGCUCACUACCAAGGCGAUCUUCGCCUACCCGUUCGUCUUCCACUCGCUGAACGGCGUGCGCCAUCUUGUGUGGGACUCUGGCUACUUCCUCACUGUCAAGGGCGCAUAUAGCACUGGGUAUACCGUACUCGGCCUGACUGCCCUCCUCGGAACCGCGGUUCUCUUCAUAUAAACGUAUUGCCAGACAGAAAAUUAUAGCUUUGUCUAGGGUACAUGGCGUGUGUUUGUUAAAAUAAUCCCCGUGAAGCA